UGGGCGAAGAAUGGAUCGUAGAUAGCAGAUAACCACAACUGUAAAUAAACGCACCCAUUUUUACAGGCCUCACAUGUUCCGGAUUACACAAGCAACAGUAAUAGUGAAUAAAGAUGGACGAAAGCAGGCGACACGUUAAUCCAAACCCUGUGUUGAAUGCAAAUAUUUUUUCAAGAAUAUUUUUCUGGUGGUUAAAUCCUAUAUUUAAAAUUGGAUAUGAAAGACCUUUGGAGGUUCAGGAUAUGUACAAUGUUAAUAAAGAGGAUUCUAGCGAUACUUUAGGUGAUCAACUAGAAAGGGAAUGGUUUAAAGAACUAGCGAAAGUAAAAGGUACAAAGAAGAAACCAAGUCUAUUGAUAGCAUUGAUUAAAUGUUUUGGAUGGAGAUAUUCCGUUUUAGGUUUUAUUGUGUUUGUGGAGGAAGGAACAAAAGUAGUUCAGCCGCUUUUACUUGGUGGAUUAAUACGUUAUUUUACACCUGAUUCAAAAAUGUCUGACAUGGAGGCCUAUCUGUAUGCCAUGGGUGUUAGUUUGUGUGCGAUAGUAUUAGCCGUUUCUCAUCAUCCAUAUUUUUUCACUGUUUGCAAAAUAGGCAUGCAAGCUAGAAUAGCUUGCUGUUCACUUAUAUAUAAAAAGUCCUUACGUUUAAGUAACGAAGCUUUAGGUAAAACUACAACAGGUCAUAUUGUUAAUCUUUUAUCUAAUGAUGUUAAUAGAUUUGAUCAGGCUGCGAUAUUUCUUCAUUUUUUGUGGGUUGGACCUCUUCAAGCGAUUGCAGUUUUAACAAUAUUAUGGUAUAUAAUGGGACCAUCUGUAUUAGCAGGUUUUACUGUUCUUCUAUUACUAGUACCAGCACAAGGAUGGAUGGGAAAGUUAUUUUCUCGACUCAGGUUAAAAACUGCAGCUCAAACUGAUAAAAGAGUUCGGAUUAUGAAUGAGAUAAUCUCAGGUAUGAGGGUUAUUAAAAUGUACUGUUGGGAGAAACCAUUUGAAGAAUUAGUUAAGAAAGUGCGAAGUUCUGAGAUGAAGUGGAUUAGAAAAACUAAGGAAUGCUCUAUUUUCAUGGUUAAUGUUUGGUUUCUUCCGGAUCGUUUGUUAGUAUGGCUGUCAGUUGUUGCUAUGGCUCUCUCUGGUAUCAAUUUGAGGCCAGAAUAUAUUUACCAGAUAAUAGCUUUAUUACACAAUGUAGCUGAACUAAUGAUGGGUGUUUUAUAUCAUUGCUUUGUUUGGAUUGGUGAAGCUAUAGCUACAAUUAUACGAGUUCAGCACUUGACAGAUUUUAGUGACAAUUGA